AUGGCCUCGCCGCCGCCCGCGUCGCAAGAUGCCGCAUCUGCCAGCGGCGCAGCGCCCGAUGCAUCGGCCGCGGCGCAACAGCAACGUCACGCUCGGCCUCGGUCUCCGCGAUUUCCUCCGCACAAUGCCCCGCGCGUCUGGUUUCUGACGAAUGGCACGUCGCCCAUCAGCAUCGCCCUGGCCACCCAGAUCCUCGAUCACGGCGAUUACGUUGUCGCCGGCGUGCUGCCUGCCGAGUUCGAGCGCGAGAGCGGCCGCAGCGAGGAGUUCCGCAGCUUCCUCGACAAGGUCGGCAGCGCCGAGGGCGACCGGGAGCGCUGGAAGGAGAGGCUGCGCGUCGUGAGCCUGGAUGCUAGGGUAAUCGGCCAGUGUCAAUCCGCCGUCGCGGAAGCUGUCGAUGCCUUUCACAAGGUCGAUGUGCUGCUGGGAUGCUCCAGCGAGACGGUCGUUGGCACAGUCGAGGAAUUGGCGCAAUCAACGAGGACCAUGAACCUCGCCCGUGACCAAUUCGAGACCACCUUCUUCUCCAAUGUCAACAUUAUCAAGGCCAUGCUACCCACCAUGCGGGCUGCGAAGAACGGCCACAUCAUCAUGCUGACAGGGACAACCGGUCAUUUGGGCACCCCUGGACUUGGAAUGUACUGUGCCGCCCAGUGGGCUAUUGAGGGAUACUGUGAUAGUCUGGCUUACGAGAUAGCCCCGUUCAACAUCAAGAUGUCCAUCGUCCAACCCAACAUGGAAGUCAAUGUCCUGACAAACCGCAUCACCUCAGCCCCUCCAAUGGAGGAGUAUGCACCCGAUGUUAACCCCGCACCACUUUGUCGAGAAAUUUUCAGCGGCUUGCUGGACAAGCUGGACACCAGAUCCGUCGGGCUCGCAAGCCAGCCAUCCCCUUCCGCGGACGAUGAAGGGCCUUCUCCUGCGAGUACGGCAAACGUGCAUUCAACCGGCGAUCUCCUCUCGUCCUCUCAGAUCACCUCUUUGUACCCCAUGCUGGAUCCUUCCGUACGUACCUCGCUGAUUGCGGAAACGGUCCAUGCUCUUACUGCUAUUGGGGGCCACGACAACCCGCCUGCUCGGCACAUUGUAGGAUUUGAAGGUGUUGCGAGCGUAAAAGAAAAGCUAAAAACAGUAAGUGAGGAGCUGGAAGAUUUCAAUGAGGUGAGCGGCGCAGUCGAUAUUGGCAAGGGUGAGGAUGCCAUGGACAUCACCCAAGGCUGA